AUGGCGUGCAUUCCCCUUCCCCGGAUAUCCUCCGCUGUUUCCCCCGUGCGCGCCUCCCUCCGCCUUUCGUUCGCCCCGAACAGCCCGCGCCUUUUCUCCGCCGUGCGGGCAUCGGCGCACGCUGCUCGCGUUCCCCUUCCCCCGUCGCAUUCCCCCCAAUCGGCGCUCAGACCUUCCCGCUCUUCGCCGGCGGAGCUCCGCCCUCCGCGCGGCUUCCCCGCGGCCGUCCGCGGCAUUGGCGGGGGGUGUAGACCAGCGCACGUGGCGGUGAGGGCGGAGGGCGGGGAUGGGGCCGACGGGGGAGUCGAUCUCCAAGUCGCGAAGCUCUUCGGCAGCCUGGAGAUGCGGGAGCCAUACGAGGUGGCGAUGAAGGUGCGAGACUACGAGCUGGACCAGUACCGCGUCGUCAACAACGCCACCUACGCCAGCUACUGCCAGCACGCGCGGCAUGAGUUCCUGGCGUCCAUCGGGCUGGCGGCGGACGAGGUGGCGCGCACAGGGGACGCCCUCGCCCUCGCCGAGCUCUCUCUCAAGUACCUCAACGCGCUGCGCAGUGGCGAUGAGUUUGUGGUGACGGCGCGAGUGUCAGGCACGACAGCAGCGCGAGUGUUCAUAGAGCACACCAUCUACAGACUGCCGGAUAGAGAGCGGGUGCUACAGGGGCAGGCAACGGUGGUGUUUCUGGACAAGGCAUACCGCCCCACGCGCGUGCCCGCGCUCUUCAAAGCCCGCCUCACCCAGUUCCUCCGCGCCCAGCAGCAGCAGUAG